AAUUAAUAUUUUUGAAUCAGUGUAGUGAAUAGUGAUAGCUCGCUUUUGAUUUGUUGUUUGUUCUUCAAUGGCGAUUCCAAGGUUUAGCUCUCUGCUGCGGUUUAGAAAAUUGGCUAAAAGCGACUGGCUUGUCGCUUCAAUCGGAUUUGUAUUAACUGUAUUUUUCCUCUCUUUCUUCUUCGAUCCCACGUCAGACUCUACCACCCUCUCCGUUGACCGAUCUCUGCCUAUCAGCGAUCUGGUUAAACUGAAGUUGUCGAGUAAAGCUAAAGGGAGAAGAGCUUUUUGUUUGGAUGGAAGCUUACCUGGGUACCAUUUUCAUGAGGGUUCUGGAUCUGGCUCCAAAAGCUGGCUUGUUCAUUUGGAGGGUGGAGGCUGGUGCAAUACUAUAGCGUCAUGUUCUGCUCGAGCAAUGACUAAAUUAGGUUCUUCCAACUACUUUGAACAAGAAGUGGCCUUUCAAGGUGUUUUAAGUAGUGACCCAUCUCAAAAUCCUGAAUUCUUUAACUGGAACAAGGUUGCGAUAAGGUACUGUGAUGGUGCUUCGUUUGCUGGACAUCCUGAAGCUGAGUUUAAGAAUGAAACACGGCUUUUCUUCCGGGGUCAGCUUAUUUGGGAGGCUAUUAUUGAUGAACUGUUGUCAAUGGGCAUGUCAGAUGCAAAACGGGCAAUACUUACAGGAUGUUCUGCUGGUGGCUUGGCAACUCUUAUACAUUGUGAUUACUUUCGAGAUCAUCUUCCAAAAGAUGCAGCUGUCAAAUGUGUUUCUGAUGCAGGCUUCUUUCUCAACGUGCCUGAUGUCCUUGGAAAGCCAACAAUGAGUUCUUUCUAUCAUGAUGUUGUUAACCUCCAGGGCAUAGGUAAGAGCUUGGAUCAGAAAUGUGUUGCCAAAAUGGAGCCAUCUAUGUGUAUGUUUCCUCACGAAUUCCUGAAAUACAUUGAAACUCCGGUAUUUCUUGUCAACCCAGCCUACGAUUUGUGGCAGAUUCAAAAUGUCUUGGUACCAAUUUCUGCGGAUCCAGAUAAACGUUGGGCAAAGUGCAGACUCAAUAUUAAGGACUGUGAUGCCGCACAGAUGAAAGUUCUACAAGGUUUUCGCAGUUCUCUGAUGGAUGCGAUAGGGGAAUUUCAUCAGAACAAAGAUGGUGGGAUGUUCAUAGAUUCCUGCUAUGCUCAUUGCCAGACAGUCAUGACAGUGACAUGGCACUCCCCAACCUCAACAAGAAUCGAAAAUAAAACAAUUGCAGAAUCUGUAGGUGACUGGUACUUCAACCGAAACCCGGUGAAGCUAAUCGAUUGUCCUUACCCGGAGCGUCGUUUCCUCAAACUUCUCAAUGCGGUUGAGUCCUAAAAGGUUUUCAUGUUCUUGAAGCUGAAGAUAUCCAGAGAAAGCCAAUUGCUUUGUUUCCUGGUAUGAUCACAUAGAGACUUCAUUACAAAAAAAAAAAAAAAACAAGUUGCAGUAUAUCAUAAUGUUCAUCGUCUUCAUUUGAUCGAUUGUUGUUACCCAAAUUGCCACUUGGCAGUCACAUAUGUAUAUUCUGAUUGUAACUUAUUUGUACAAGGUUUCUUUUAAUGUGGAUAGAAAUUCCAAAGUAA